UGCCACAAUUGUGGCAUGUGGAUGAAGCGAAGGGCUCUUCGUAAAGAUGUGACAUGCAAUUUUUGUAAUGGCAAAAUAUUUGUAAGAAACUGCAAACAAAUGCAAAUGUGCAGUCGAUGUGUGGAAUGCGACAACAUUAUACUCGAUAAUUUCAAUUAUUGCGAGUGUUGUGGCUUAGAAACAAUUAGGCAGUUAAGAAUAAACAAGGCUCGGGCACUAUCAAAUCUUUUUCAUAAAAAGCAAAAAGCUGCUUCUGCUGCAUCACAAGAUUUUUUUGAUGACUUUCAGGUUGAUAACGAAGAGUUGACGCUAAUCGAGGAUUCAUUGAUGAUUGAUGAUGCUUCUUCGGACAACAAGAAAAAACAGCUACUGUCAGUCAGCAGUGAUGAUGCUUCUUCGGACAACAAGGAAAAACAGCUGCUGUCAGUCAGCAGUGAUUUUAUUUCUUUAGAAGAAGAAGAGAAAGAAAACAUAUCAAAUGGCGGGCAGACCCCCGAAAAAACGUAAAUAUUCAAGCAGGUUUAGUACAGAAUGUCAGCCCCCCAGGACUAACUAUUUAUAUUUAGCACUUUCAAAUAACACCAUUCAUGUAUCAGUACAUUCAGUUGGUUCUAUGAUUUAUGAAUGUGUUCAAUGUCAAGCACUUCAUUUUUUAGGUGAAAAAAUUAAAAAUCAUUUUAAAAAUUGUUGUCAUAAUGGGAAGGUAUACAUAGACCCAGACAGAGUCUUAAAGCCAAUUCCAGAAAUAUUAUUAGAUUUAUACAAAGGUAAUACGUCUGAUGCUAAUCAUUUUAAGGCUAAUAUACGACUAUAUAAUUCAGCAUUUGCAAUGGCAUCCAUUAAUUCAAACUUGAACACACUCCCUCCAGGAUUUUUCACUUAUAGGGUACAAGGGCAAAUUUAUAUAAAAACUGGAUCUUUGGUUCCGUUGCAAGGUCAUAAACCACAAUACAACCAAUUGUAUAUAAUUGAAGAUGAAGCAGCCUUAAAUGAAAGAUUAUCCAAUUCUAGAAAUAACAUAUGUAAAAGCAAUAUAAUGAGGUCCUUAAAAACAAUGCUCAAUGAAUUCAAUCCUUUUGUCAAAGUAUACAAAAAGGUGGCUGCAAUUUUAGCAGAAGAGGAAUUAAAAGCAGCCUCAGAAAAUCGACCCAAAUAUUCGGUAUCAAUGCAGUUUUAUAAACAUAAAUCUCUGGAUUUGCGUCGGUAUAACACACCAUCAAAUAAUGAGGUAGCGGCCAUCUUUGUAGGAGAAAACGGUAAACCUCCAUUAAAUAUAGACUUCUCUGUACAAGAAUAUUCUCAACAUUUAACUACACUCAAAUCAACCAGUCCCAAUAUUGACCCUUUAACCUUUCCUCUACUUUUUCCUAAUGGAGAACUCG